UCAAAUGUGCGUCAACAGUCAGUGCGAUAUUUAGAUCAUUAAUUAAACUCAGGAUGCAUUAUUCAAAAUGGACGGCUGUUAUAGUACAAAUAUUCGUUAUACCAAACUUUGCAUUAUAUCAUAUAAAGUCAAUGAAAUCAAUAGUUCCAGAGACGUAUUUAUCUAAUGAUUCAUUCUUCGGAUAUAGCAUCGCAUAUCAACCACACAUACGAAGAUUGGUGAUAAGUGCUCCAAUGGCGGACUUUACAGGACUCAUUUAUGUUUAUGACAUAGACAAAGACAAUUUAAUGAGAGAUAACAUCAAUAUAUUAACAGAUGACAACACUACGAAACCUUGGCUCGGGGCAACAGUUAAGACGGGGAAAUCUUUUUAUACGACCUGCGCUCCACGGCCAGUCCAGGCCGGUACGGUUCUCGGUACAUUUGGAAAAUGUUUCACGAAGAUUUUCCAAGGCGGCAGUAAAACGAUCGCUAUGCCUGAGAUGUUAAAGGUAGACCGUUUUAAGGAUAUAGUUACCUACGGUCAUAGAAUGGAUACAUUCGGGUGGAGUAUUGAAAUCACUGAAAAUGACCGCAUUUUAAUCGGUGGUCCAGGAAUUGCAAAAGGUCGAGUAAUACAAUAUGAAAAUAUAACUAACUCCCCACAACUAAUAUCGCCUCAAAGUUCACAUUUAGCGGAUGACAAGACUUUUUUCAACUUUGGUUACGGAAUAGCCAGCGGUCAUUUUUUUUCUGACGAAAUAACUUACGUUAUUAGUUCUCCGUAUGGUAACAAUGGAGUUGGUCAGCUACUCUUCUAUAAAGAAAAUGGGGAAUAUAUACAGACGAUUCUGGACUCGGAAUCAAGAUUGGGGACUCUGUUUGGUGCAGUUCUUUGCACGCUGCAGUUGACUGGCGACCGCCAUUCUCUAUUAGUCGCUGCUCCGACUUAUGUACCUAAAGAUACCAGCGAUGCUGAUAUCGGCGCUGUACAUAUUUAUAUGCCGAAUGAUAAGUCGCUGACAUUAACGAGGACUAUCAAAGGGAGAGAAGUCGGAGGUCGCUUCGGCAGCGCCAUUGUUAACCUCGGAGAUAUCGAUUCAGAUAAAUUAGAUGACGUGGCGAUUGCAGCGCCAUAUGAAAACGGCGGUCAAGGCGCUGUCUACAUUUACACGGCGAGAAAUAUUCUGUCAGAGAAUGACAAUAUGGAAGUUAAGUACACACAGAAGGUGCUUCAAGAAACGUCUAGAAGUUUCGGCCUCAGCUUGACUGCAUUGCGAGACCACGACGAAAACGGAUGCAAUGAAUUGGCGAUCGGAGCUCCGGAAACCAACGAAGUCUUCAUUUUAAGUUGUUUUCCUACGAUUUAUUUAAGAGUCUACUCGGAAUUUACUAAUCAAGAGAAUCGUAACAAUACAGAGAAAGAUCAGUUUACAUAUAGAUCCUGUUUCGAGGUGAAAUUUCCCGAGAAACCUGAACAAAUUGUAGCCGAUAUCUUGGUUACCGUAAACAUGAUGCAUCCAAGCGCCAAAUUUAACGGAAGUGAAAAUAGAGAUAUAUCCUAUGUAGAGAAUUUAAACAGAAACAUAAGUGUAUAUUGUAGAGAUAUACAAGUGUUAACUCCUUUAGACAAAAAUACUGAGCUGUAUCCAAUACAAAUGUCGAUUAAAGCUGAACUGGCAAAUGAUCCGACUCGGUCUGAGAGUUUCGACGCGAACCGCGCUGUGGUCGCCGCGCACAGCCUCCUCUUCGCGCGCGACACGCGUCGCGUCUCCGAUUGCAACUUCUCUUACUGUGUACCAAAUAUCACAACCUUAGCUUCUACCACAUUCACGUCGCCUUAUACAGUGGGUUCCACGGACACGGAAAGUAUCAGUUUGAGUAUGAGCAACUCGGGAGAGACUGCGUAUAAUGCGUGUUUGCGCGUUCACGUCGACGCCGCGCGCGUGCUGCUCGCCCCCGCCUGCACGCGACAACAACAUACCUUAAUCUGCGAGCCUAUGACUCCGAUCAAGCAAAACGAGACUUGGAAUGUUCAAAAAAUUAUUCUCGAAACGAAAUACUUGACAAAUCGAGAUAAACGCAUUAACAUCACUAUAAACACGUACAACCACUGCGAAAACGAAACUGAUAAAAUAACAGAGGAAUUGGUUAUUGAAUUACAAAAUGAUCUUACAAAUUUAAUUUUGACAAGUGAAGCAAUACCAGGCGAUAUUGUUAAUAUUUCACAAGUUAAUUUGGAUACAGAAAUCAGUCAUUUUUACACGAUUACAAACAAAGGUUCUACAAACUGGUUAAAUAUGAAAAGUGAAAUAAUACUAGACAGUAAAUAUGCGGAAAUCAAGAAACCAAUAAUAAUUUACACUGACAAACGCAAUGUGACAUGUUACCCUGAUUUACAAUCACGUUGUGCGAUCGACAAAAUUACGAAAAACCAAAAAAUAUACAUAAUGGUCAAUUUGAGAAUACCACCAAUACCAAAUGAGGAACUUAAAAACAUCAGCAUUAUGACGCAGCUCAAUUUAAUUGAAAAUGAAGUAAUUAAAACCGUUAGUGCACUGAGUACGCUGGUGAUAGUAGAAAUGCCCCACAUUUCUCUCUGGAUAUACCUGGUCGCCGGCGUCGUUGCCAUUCUCGUCUUAGUUAUUCUAAUAAUUAUAUUUUACGAAUGCGGUUUUUUGCAACGAAAGAAUAAAGAAAAAUUGCGAGAUCUGAAGAAGGACGUCAGAAGGCAGAGCAUGGUAACAUUUUUUAUUUAA